CGGGACAUGGCGGUGCCUUCUGAUUGGUCGGCUCUGUUGUUGGUCACCAGUCCAAGAUGGCGGCGCAGCUGGUGGAGCAUGUUGUCGCAGACGCUGGAGCGUUUUUAAAGAAAGCUUCUCUGCAGGAUAUCGGCAGGAACAUCUACACACUGAGAGAUGUUGUGGACGAGAUCCGAGACAAACCCACCAGGAGGGGUUUGGCCUUCCUGCCGUACAAACUCAACUUUAAGGAGCCGCACCCCGAACACGUCCGACACGUGAUGGAGUUCUCCAAGAAGACUGGAGACUACCCGAGUCUUUCAGCCACCGACAUCAAAGUCAUGGCUCUGACCUAUCAGCUGGAGCUGGAGCACGUGGGCUCCCAGCACCUGAGGAGGGAGCCGGAGGUCAAGGUUAACGUUCAGAGCACACAGCGCCACCCGGAGACUCCAGUUAAUGUUGCAGGAUUUCACUUCCCCACCAAGAAGCCGGCGGACGCAUCGAGCAGGAAACAAACACGACAAGAGACGAACGCCUCAAACCCGCCUGACGGUGACCAGUUUAACAGCUUCCAGUUCUGGAGACAGCAGCUGCCAUCCAUCAACGACGACCUGCUGGAGUUACUGGAUCCAGUGGAGGUCGUGAGUUUGAGCAGCAAACAGAAGCCGACGCCUCCUGUGACGAAUGACGGUGACGAGUUCAACAGCUUCCGGUUCUGGAGAGAACCGCUGCCGACCCUGGACGAGGACCUGCUGGAGUUACUGAAAGUGGACGGUGUCUCGGGGUCGGACGGCCGGUCGGACACUUCGCCGAAGGCCGAGAACCGAUCCGACGACGAGGACAAAGAGAACGAGCCUGAGGAAGAGGAGGAAGAUGAUGAAGAUGACGGAGGGGGUUGGAUCACUCCCAGUAACAUUAAACAGGUGAAGAUGGACUCGGGUGAUUGGACGGCUCCUGCUGAUGUCAGAGUCGGAUGUCUGACCACCGACUUCGCCAUGCAGAACGUUCUGAUUCAGAUUGGACUUCACGUCCUGUCCGUCAACGGGAUGCUGAUCAAACAAGCGAGGAACUACAUCCUGAGGUGUCACGCCUGCUUCAAGACGACGAGUAACAUGAACAAAGUCUUCUGUCCUCACUGUGGAAACAAAACUCUGAAGAAGCUGGCGGUGACGGUCAGCGAGGACGGCAGCGUCCAGAUGCAUUUCUCCAAAAACCCCAAAGUGCUGAACCCGAAAGGACUGAGGCACUCGCUGCCUCUGCCUCAGGGCGGGAAACACGGCAACAACCCCCAUCUGGUGGAGGAUCAGUGCUUCCCCCAGCAGAGGCUGUCCCGAAAGGCUCGUCAGAAGAACGACGUCUUCAACCCGGACUACGUGGCCAAGUCCUCGCCUUUCUGUGAGAACGACAUCUACAGCCGAGCGGCCAACCUGCAGAUCUCAGACGGUCAGUGCGGCGGCGGGCGGAGUCGAGCGAACCCCAACACCUCCCGCAAGAAGUUUGUCAAGAAGAAGUGAGGAGCUGACGGCCGAUGGGACAGGGCGUCACUGCAUGUGUGUGAAAUAACAUGUGAUGCUGCUGCAGAUACUCAAUGCAUUGAUCAAUAGUUACAUUAUUAAAUUCCCUGUCAACGUGUGGAGCCCCCUGCUGGUAGACACAAGAUUCACCUGCUGAACAGCAAGUUAAUAAUAUCUCAAUACAAUAACUGCUUAUUACAACAUGGAUGUUAUUAUAUUAUAAUUAUUACUCCUAAUACAAAUGAAGGUCAAAACUCACAACUAAAUAAACUUAAGUAUCAGA